AUGGAGGGGACACAGGUUCUCCUGGUGUCAGCCAUCAUUGUCACCGCGUUCUCCGCCGGCCUCAUGUCCCUUGAACUCACCACUGACCCGGUGGAGCUGUGGUCAGCGUCCAACAGCCGAGCCCGCCAGGAGAAGGAUUUCCAUGAUAAACACUUCGGUCCGUUCUUCAGGACCAACCAGCUUAUCUUGACAGCACCAGGCAGAAAAGGGCACAUUUAUGACUCCUUGCUCUUUGGUUCGCAAAACUUUAGCGGCCUUGUAUCUAAAGAUCUCGUCAUUGAACUGCUGCAGCUCCAAAAAAGAAUACAAAACAUUAAGUUCUGGUCAAAGGAUCUGAACCGCACAGCAAGUCUGGAGGACGUGUGCUUCGCACCGCUCAACCCUAACAACCCGGCCCAGUUUGACUGUGCAGUCAACAGCCUGCCGCAAUACUUCCAGAACAGCCUUGAUAACAUCAACGCCAAGGUGAACAUGACUGAGCUGGGGGUGACCAAAGAGGUGGACUGGAGGGACCACCUUAUCUACUGCCUCAACUCACCUUUGUCUUUCAAAGACAUCACCGAUUUAGGAAUGAGCUGCAUGGCCGACUAUGGAGCUCCAGUCUUUCCCUUUCUGGCCGUAGGAGGCUACAAGGGUGAUGAUUACACUAAUGCAGAGGCCUUCAUCUUGACCUUCUCCCUCAACAACUACCCGCGGACUAACAUCAAGUUUAACGUGGCCUUGCAGUGGGAGAAAGAGUAUCUGAAAAUUGUCCAGGCCUACCAAAGAGACCCAACGGCCAACUUCACAUUUGCAUACAUGGCAGAGAAAAGCUGGUACAGAUGA